AGAGUGACCGAGAAAGCAAGUGACACAUAACAUGAAGAGCUGCCAACUCUCUUUUCUAUGUCUAGCUCUCUUGCUCGCUGCAGUUUCUGCAGAUUCCGAUAGGGACUGCGUCUAUACGCUAUACGUGAAGACAGGUUCUAUCAUCAAAGGCGGAACCGAUGCCAAAAUCAGCGUGACGCUCAGCGAUGCUUCAGGCCGGUCGGUGUCGGUCCCAAACCUCAGGUCAUGGGGCCUGAUGGGCCCCACACACGACUACUUCGAGCGAGGCAAUCACGACAUCUUCAGCGGCCGUGGCCCCUGCAUCGGCUCGCCAGUGUGCCGCCUCAACCUCACCUCCGACGGUGCCGGAGCUCAUCACGGAUGGUUCUGCGACUACGUCGAGGUCACGUCGACUGGGCCCCACAAGCCCUGCUCGCAGUCCAUGUUCUACGUCGAUCAGUGGCUGGCCGACGACGCUCCACCGUUCGAUCUAACAGCCGUGAUCGACGGGUGCGGCCACGUAGCGGCGGAGAAGAAGGCGGGAAGAUUUGUUGUGGGGAAUCCGAAAAGGUCAUCGGAAUGAUGGUGUGAGAAUGAGAGGAUGGAAAUAAUAAUGUGAGUGUUUGGAAUUA